GUUGAGCAAACUAGUGGUAGUGGCUGCCUCCCUCCAUUUGCUGUGCUUCUAUAUUCCAUGCACACAGAGGAUUCUUACCUCGUGUUUUUCAUCUUGUUGAACUAGCUUUUAUGCCAUUCCUAGUAACAUUGUAUUUCGUUGGGAAAUUUAUGAAAACCCUUGUAACUUUGUAAGCCCCUUUAUGGAACUCGAAUUGUUUUUGUUCCUCAACAAUGUUUUCCAGCUAAAACAACCAUUUUAGUCAAUUAAUUGCCUCAUUUCAGUUAAAGAGAAUAAGAAAUGGGAAGAGCAUACAUUUUUGGUACUUGUACAUCCCAUGAAUUAUGUUUCACAUUUUUUAUUGUUGUGUUUCUUCUGCAGCUGCCUGGAUAAAGCAGCUGUGGUGUCGGAUUCUGGCAUGAAAAGCGGAGAUUUUUCCAACCAAUGGAGAUUAUGCACCAUAACACAGGUUGAAGAAUUAAAGAUCUUGAUCCGUAUGUUCCUAUAUUGGCAACUGAAAUUAUUUUUGCUGCAGUUUUUGCUCGGGGACCACUGUUUGUUUAGCAGGGAAUGGUGAUGGAUAGAAGAAUUAGAUCCUUCACUAUCCCUGCAGCCUCAUUGUUUACUUUUGAUAUCAUCAGCGUUAUAUUUUGGGUCCUGAUAUAUGACAGAAAUCUGGUUCCUAUAGCUAGGAAGGUUACGGGACUAGAAAGAGGGUUUUCAGAACUACAUAGAAUGGGUAUUGGUCUCUUCAUAUCCAUCCUUGCCUUGGUAACUGCUGCUGUAGUUGAGAUCAAACGUUUGCAGAUUGCUAAAGAACUUGGUCUCGAUCUAACUGAUGAAAUAAGUGUUGCUCUCCCUAUUAACAUCCUUUGGCAAGUUCCACAAUACUUAUUGGUUGGGGCUGCAGAGGUAUUUACCUUUAUAGGUCAAUUUGAGUUCUUUUAUCAUCAGUCACCUGAUGCCAUGCUUAGUUUGUGUAGUGCACUCUCGCUCCUAAUGAUUUCACUAGGGAAUUACUUGAGCUCGGUGAUUCUGACGGUUGUUACAGCCGUUACAACUGCUGGAGGGAACCCGGGAUGGAUACCAGACAAUCUAAACAAGGGUCACCUCGAUUAUUACUUUGAGUUUUUAGCUGGACUGAGUUUCUUGAACUUUUGGUAUAUGUUUUAUAUUCUCUCAAUUAUAAGACGAAGUAGGCUUCCCUCUUCCUAGGGAAGACGCUUGUCACGUGUUUGACAUUUUCUCGAUGUUAAGGCCCAGCGUGUCCCAUAUGAGGCAACUUCCAUGAGCUAGUGUGUCUUUACCGAUGCAUGUAAUUUGCAGCAGAUUAGUAUCAUUACGUGUUGUUUCCUCUACUAUUGUUGUGUUCGAUGCUUGUUGCGCAUAUGGGGGUAGGCUAACCUAGAUGAAGCCUCGAGGAUUCAGGUGCUACUGGUGGUUUUCAGCAUUGAAUAACCGAUGGUUUUGCUCGAAGUGAAGUUCUGAAUUAUAGUUAGAUAGGGUCCUGCUGUUUAUGCUACCACUUUGUAGCAAAUCAGAUUGUCAGAGUAUGUUAACUAUUUCACGUACAAAGUGUUUGGUUGAUAGAUUGAAAGUUUACGCACAAAGUUUUUGGUUGAUACAUGAACCACAAGUGAUGUUUGGAGUAUUUGGUUGAGCAAAUUAGAGUGUAUUUAAGACAGAUUUGAGCUUCUAAAGGUAAUUUUGGAAAGCUGGUCGUAGGAUUUUUUUAUUUUUUUUUUGGAAGAGAGGUUUGUGAAUUUUGGUGGUGAAAUUUCUAUCAUGUUCUAAGGCGCUAUUCUUUUUACCAAAAUAUAACUUAUAACUAAAUAAGUUAGGAUACAAAGUAAGUUCUAUUAAAUUCAUAUAAGUAGAUAAAAUAAGUUCCAUCUCUCAUCUUUUAGGGUUUCAAUUUUCUUGGCCGUUUAGGCCGGAAGUAGUCUAAUUUCUUCGGAAAUUAGACUAUUUCCGACCCUUCUUCUUGCUUUUCAUUGUUUUCUUUUCAUGUUUUUUCUUGUUUUUGGUUUCUUUUCUGUUGAUUUGUUCCCAAUUUAUUAUUGGGUUGUUCCUAAUUUAUUUGGGUUUUUCCUGGAGUUUUCUAGGUUCUUGAUUCUCAUUCAUGGAUGAGAAUUUUUUUAGGGUUUCAAUAAUUGGGAAGGAGAUUUGGAUUCAUACAGGUUUAGGGUUUAUCAUCAACUCGUCAAUCAGAACAAUUCGUGCGCAGAUUGCGAAGGGCUCUACUUGGAAAGAUGUGAAAUCAUCGAAAAUCACUGUUCGCGUCAAGUUAGAAGCGGUGGAGUACGAGAUGUGCUUUAGGAUGCAGAAUAGUAAUUGUUUUGAUUGUAACAGUUAUGUAUUUUCUUUGAAUCUGUGGUAUGCAGAUACUUUUUAUCAUUGUAGAUGCCGUAUGGCUUAUUAUUAA